CAAAAGGCUCUCUCGGUCUCUCCCUCCCAUUUCUCUUCUCCCUAAAGCCUACAAGAAAACGCUCUUUUCAAAUCCAGCAAUCUUAACUCUGUCUACUGUCAAUGGAAGGUAACGAUCAGCCAUGUCCGUCACCAUAUGCACCGGCUUCUUCUUCUUCUUCACUACUCAAGGACAUUUCAAAUUUCAGAACCCCAAAACGCCCCUCUCAUAUCUCCAAUUUCACCUCUUCCCCUUACCCCCAAUUUUUCACUGCCUCCAAACAGACCCCACGGCAGUCUCCGUCAUCCUCCUUUCGCCGUUACCAUCACCGCCCUUCCCUCUCUGGUCGGCCAAAACACAAAACCGCCACUGCCCGUCGACUCAAGGCUUUUGAGCUCGAGCAAUCCAAGUCCUCACGUAAGGUUCAGAUUAAAAAAGAACAGUCUCUUCAAUCACUUGCAAAGUCCCUCACUACUUGGCUCAAUUUCCUCUUCCAGAACCCUAGGUCCUGCGGCUGUGAAUUGACUAUCAAUGGAGAUCAAGACAUGGGUCCGGCGGGAAAGUUGGGGAAGAGGGAUAGUGGACCUAGGGUUGGGGUGGUUGGAGUGGAUGCUGCAUGGCGGAGUCCGAAGAGGCAGAGGGAUCUGAAGUGGCGAGGCGGUGAUCAUUUGGAGCUUAAAGGAGACGAGAGCUUAUCUAGUUUUAAGUACUAUGGUUCAUUAAGGAAUUCACUGAAGGAUAUUUGUAGUUUCGAUGAUUUGAAGCAGAGGAUGGGGGCGUAUUUGAGCUUGGCUAGUUGUAAGGAGAUUUUUGAUGUCAUGACUCAUGUAGUUAAAAAUAUUGAUGAAGGAAGGUUGAAAAUGAAGCCACAUUGCCCCAUAGUAACAGAUGUUGGAAUGAAAGAGAAGGCCACGAGAAUUCUUAUGUGCUAUAACCCAAUUUGGCUUCGAGUUGGAUUGCAUAUUAUUUUAGGUGGCGAUUCAUUGUUGCCCGAUGGAGAUGUCAAUUCUGACCAAGAAAUCGCCUUCUUGAAGAUGGUAAUUGAAAAGCAGUUUUUCUCACAUGCUGGACUAGCAAAAGCUUAUGCUUAUAACAAGAUGGUUGAAGGUUUAUAUAGACCCGGUUACUAUGAAAAUUUGGGGAAUGUAUUAUUGAAGAGAUUUUUGCUGCUGGUUCUUAUCCUUGAUAGAGUAAAAUCUCGUAGCACACUUUCUCUGAAGUAUGGUAUUGAUGGAGUUGAUGGGGGUUCUCCUCUUUUGUUCAAGCUCCAAUCUAGUAUCAAGUCUAGUCGUCAAAUGAUUAACGAUUUCUUAUCAUCGGAGAUUAUGCUGGGAGAAGGUAACCUUCUUGCACAUCUAGUGAUUGUAGGUUACAAAGCAUCAUAUCAGCAGUGCCCUCUUGUUGAGUAUGACUUUAGAGUGACGGACAUAUUUUUAGACCUACAAGAUGGAGUGCGGCUUUGCAGAGCCAUUCAGCUCUUGCAAAAUGACUCAUCUAUUCUUAUGAAAAUGGUAGUCCCAUCUGAUACUCGCAAGAAAAAUUUGGUGAAUUGUGGCGUUGCACUGCAACAUCUAAAACACGCUGGUGUGAAGUUGUGCGAUGGAGAUGGAAUGACAAUCAUGGAAGAUGAUGUUGCUAAUGGAGACAAGGAACUAACCAUUAACUUGCUCUGGAACGUGUUCAUCCAUCUGCAGCUGCCACUUCUGAUCAGCGGCACAAUCUUAACAGAGGAAAUUUUGAAAAUUCGGGGAAGCAAUGUGGACCCCUUGAAAGGCAUUAAUCUUGGUUCUUCUUCCUUGGAGUUGCUUUUAAACUGGAUCCAGGCAGUGUGUGAAACGUAUGAUCACAAGGUUGAUAGUUUUUCUUCUUUGGUUGAUGGAAAAGCCAUAUGGUGUUUACUUGACUAUUAUUUCCGGAGAGAACUUUAUUGUUCUCAAUCCCUCAAGAAUCCUCAUGACAAUAAAGGUGGAGAAUCCAUUAUGUCUGCUGCUGAUUACACAGAUGCGGUCCACAAUUUUAUAUUAUCACAGAAGCUAAUAACCUUGUUGGGGAAUUUUCCGGAGGUUCUGCAAAUCAGUGACAUACUUGAACAUAAUGGUGCAAUCAGUGAACAGAGUGUGGUUAUUCUCUUGGUCUUUUUGGCUUCACAGCUGACUGCAAAGAAAACCAUGGAUCAGCUGAAUUUUCAUAAACUGUUGUCCUGUAAUUGUCAAAGUCACGAGAGGAGACAUUCAGAUGGUGAAAACUCUGUUUUGAGUGUGAAAGGACUGCUAGACCACGAAGAAGUAGAUGGGCACAAUACUGGAGAUGCUGCUAGAAAGUUUAAGGCCAUCAAGGCUUGGUGGCAAGAUAUGGCGGAACGGAAUAAAAAAUUUGUUACAGAGCCUGCAACUUCUACUUUGCAGAACAACUCAACUAGCAAGUCCAAAGUCAACAUUCUAAAAGGAAAUGCAGCAACACUCAUACAGUCGCACUUAAGGAGAUCAGUUGCACGUCGCAAUUUUUUGAAGACUAUCAAUGCAAUUUUCUUUUUGCAGACUGUUAUUCGGGCUUGGUUAAUGGUGAAGCAGAAAUCUGCACUCAACAAUUUCAGCAUUCUUAGUGUUCAGGAGUCUAUAUACGAGAAGUGGAAACAGUCAGACAGAGUUGGGAGAUAUGUCCAGUGUAUUGUUGAUAGACAUAGCUUUGUUAAGUUAAGAAAAUCAGUAAUUUUCAUCCAGCAAGCAGCAAGGAUUUGGAUGAAGGAAAGACUUAAUUGUAGAAGUUCUAGAAAUCAUGGUGUAUUCAUUAUUGAUCUAGUUAAUGCAGCCAUAAUUAUUCAGAAAUAUUUUCGUGGUUGGAUAGCAAGGUCCGGGUGCAAGGUAAUUCAGAUGAAGACAGCUUCACGCAUGUGCCAAGUGAACAGUAGUGAUAUUGAAACAGAAGCAGCCAUUAAAAUCCAGCGUUCUUGGAAGAAUUACAUAUCCAGUAGGUCUCUCCUCAAUCAACAUCUAGCUGCAGCUAGAAUUCAGAGUCAUUUCCGAGGUAUGCUCUUAAGAAGGAAAUUUUUAAAACAGAAGCAAGUGGUAAUAAAACUCCAGAGUAAUAUUAGACGUGCAAAAUGUUGGAAGUCCUAUCAAGAGCUUAGAACCACUACCAGGUCAGCUAUCAUUAUUCAAUCUCACAUACGUGGAUGGAUUGCACGGAGAGCAGCUUGGAGGAACAGACAACUUGUUGGUUUGCUUAAAAGAUGCUGCCGUGGUUGGUUGACAAGGAAGAACUAUUUGCUUAAGAGAGAAGCUGCAAUAGAAAUCCAAAGUGCUAUUCGGUGCUUUAACUGCUCGAAGGCAUUUCAUUGCAGCAAAAUUGCUGCUGUUGAAAUUCAACGGUUUGUCAGGGGACAGAUCACUCGGAAAAGUCUCCUAGGGGCUUCUCACUUCCAGUCAGCCACUGAUGCUAAUUUCAAUUUGCAAACUUCAGUUGGAUGCACUCAGAGUUUUGAAUUGAAAAUGAUGAUAUCUUCAAUAUUGAAGCUGCAAAGGUGGUGGAGAAGCGUUUCAUCGCUUAAACUAAGAAUAAAGUCAGUAAUUCUUAUACAGUCUUAUCUUCGAGGAUGGAUUGCCAGGCGAGAGGUCUCUAGAGAAAGGCAUUGUGCUGUGAUGAUCCAAUCGCACUGGAGAGGUUAUCUUUUGCGCAAAGACUCAAAAGGCAAGCUAUUGGAUUUGCGCUUGAGAGUUCAAAAGUCGGCUAAGAAUGUAGAUGACAGUAUGCGAAUUAUUAACAGACUGAAAAUGGCGCUUUCAGAACUAUUGAGUAUGAAAAGCAUUAGUGGAAUCCUUCAUAAUUGUGCAACAUUAGACAUGACCACUGAACAUUCUCAGAGAUGUUGUGAGGAACUUGUGGCUGCCGGAGCAAUUGGCAUUUUACUGAAAUUGAUUUGCUCAGUCAGCCGAAGUGUUCCUGAUCAGCAGGUUUUAAAGCAUGCACUCUCAACCAUCCGGAACCUUACCCGUUAUCAACAUUUGAUUCAAGUGCUAAUUGAAAGCGAAGGAUCAAUAGAAAUAAUAUUUUUGGAAUUUCUCAGGAACAAGGAGGAAGGUUAUUUUAUUGCUUCAGAGAUUCUGAAGAAGAUCUUUUCAGAACACAGAGGUGCUAAAACCUUGCGCAAGUUACCCGCCCUCUUGAAGAGGUUAAAUAGUCUUGUGGAAGAACAAACAAGGAAGGCAACUAUUGAAAAAAGGAACCCUCAUGGUGUGUCAGCAAAAGAGAAAGCAGAAAGAAGAUUGAGAGAGGCCCUUGAACUCCUGAAACUGAUGAAAACUCACUGAUUUCUGGUUAAUGAACUCGUGCACUCAUGGCGUGGUUAGUUUGUGUGCUUUAGGGCGUUAAUGUUUAUAAUAUUUGUAAAACCAUUUUAUGUUUGGCAUAUAACGUGACAGCGUUGAACGACUGUACAUAGGAAAAACGACGCUGUUUAAACAACUUGUGAUAUUCUUUUUAAGAAAACGGCUUACAGUUGUGGCGAUUUAGUCACGAAGUCGUUCCGAUCUUAAAAAAACGAGACCGUAUUUGUCAUCUUGGGGUCA